CACAAAGCGGUACGCAACACAUUCUCAUUUUGUCAAGUGGUAAAACAUUCAGAGUGUCUGUCAUGUUUGAAUCUGAUUUUGUCUGUAUGGGAUGAAAUUAAUCACUUUACACCUCCUGCUGUGUCAAAAACAAGAUGGAUCAAAACAUUACUGAUAUUCUGAAUGAUGCAUUCAAAGAAACAGAGACAAACGUUGAGCAACUAAACUUCGAUGAUAACGCAGCAACCGCACACAGCAUUAAUGUACCUCAAAAUGAGCCAGACAUGGAGGAGGAAUCCAGUGGAUCUGAUUCUGACAUAGAUUUAAAGUGGACGAAUAGGGAAGAGGAAACUAAGCACUGUUUUGAGAACAAUAGGAACUUCUCUUUAGAUGAACAAAGCAUGAAGGCAGGAUCUACGCUUUGUGGUUCAUGGGAUGACAACGAUGCAGUCAAAAACAAGACACAAACCCAAAACCAGCAAUUAAGCUUCCAUGAAGAGGAUUGCAGAGAAAGUGAAUUUGAGAUAUAUGAAGAUAUCCAUAAAAUGAGCAAGGAACAAUCUGAAGAUGUCAACGUGCCAGAAAUGGUUCUCCCAAAAGGAGCUCACUAUGGUCUGGAUACAAUGAGCACAUGGACUCAGGUGGAGACCACAUCUCAUCUACUGUCCUACCAGAUGGUGGAUAAAUCUGAAAAUGAGAGCUCAACAUUAAAAGAGGAAAGAAUGGAGCCUAACAGCACUGAGGAACAUGUCCUUCAGCAUGGACAUUUUAGCGCCAUACAGUCAACACUGCAAGACUGGCCAGUAGCAUCAGUGAAGGUCCAGUCUGGGGAUGAGAUGAAAGAGUUUACAGAAGAAGAUCAUGAGGGCCAUGAGAGAGACGAGGAAGGUUUAGCAGAGUAUCCCUCCGAUCUGUCUGAAAGUGACAGUGGGGACAGCAGUGAAGGUCCUGAGGGUGGACAACCCAAUCGCAUGGACACCAAGCAAGCUGAGGUGCAGGCUGUAGGCCGAGGUUGUUCCUAUGAGACAAAGAACCCAGAAGAACCUCUACUGCCUUACAGUGUUGUAACUUCAAGGGAAGAUGAUGAUGUCCAAAAGAAAGAUGAAUGUAUGGAUCCUGCAGACAUGCUUACUUAUGUCAAGAAUGAGGAUCUGUAUGUGGAGACAACAACUGGGAAAUCUGAUGAUGACGUAUUGUUCCAAACAGAUGCUGAAUAUCAUCGUGAGAUUUCAAACGUUGGGGAAAAUUCUGAUUAUGGAAUCUCUGGGAAUUUCCAAUCAAAUUCCAAUGAAUCCUACACGAAUGAGCAGCCUGACUAUGACAGUGAUUUCAGCAGUGAUGGUGACGACUACCUUGAAAACCAAGAAGAUAUACCUGAAUUCCUUUCACAUACAGUCUCAGAGGACAAAAACACACCUCUCCAGAAACAAGAGCACACCUUCACAAAGGACUUUGCUACAGACUGGAACAGUAUCGAGCAUGAAGUAGUGGAUGGGGUGGUCAAAGACAGCUUGAAACCAGAGAUGUGCAAUGUAGAAGGUUUAUCAAGCACUCAUGAAACUGUAAUGGAAGGUUCUACUGAGACUGAUUCAUCUGAAAACAUAAGUGUUGGUGAGUCACAUCCAUCAGUGAAAACAGACCAGAACAACAAAGAACAUAACAGUGAACAUUCAGAAGUUUCAGACACUGGAGAAAAUAUCAACACUUUUUUACCUGGGACGUUUUGGUCUCAGGACAUCCUGAAGCUUGAUGAAUAUGACUGGGAGAUUAAUCAAGGAGAGGUGAUCUGUGAUGAAGAGGACAAUUACCUGGAAGAGCUGGAGAACGAUGAGGUGGAGGCCGAGGGGGACUGGGAGAAAGAAAAGGCAAGAAUUGAAGCAUUUAACAGAUACUAUGAGUCUGUCGAAGGCGAGGAAAUCAAGGGGAGAAGCCACAAAGUGACAUUUUGUUUGGAGCCAGAGUCCUCUCAGUAUGAGGAGGAUAGUUACAGCAGUGAAGAGGAACUGAGCACAAUAGUUUACAUCAGUGAGUUGCAUCCUCCAGAGUCCAGUUCAGUCAAACAAGACCAAAGCAACAAGGAAGCCAGCCGUGAACCCUCACACAUCAGAGAAAAUAUCAGCACCCUUCUGAUGGAUGAGGACAACACGAAGUUUGAUGAUUAUGACUGUGAUAUUAAUGAAGAAUUUAAAAUUAACUCAAGUAUAAGGGUCUGUGAUGACGACGACGAUCACGAUUUCUUGGAGAAGCUGAAAAUUGAAAUAGAGAGGGAUAUGAAGCAGGAACAAGCGAGAAUUGACACAUCUAACAGAUAUUAUGAAGAGGACCAAAAUGAGGUCACAGACAGGUCCCACAAAGUUAUGUUAAGAUUUCGCCAACAAUCUUCUCAAAAUGAGGAAGAUAAUGAUAGCAGUGAACAGGAAUCAAACACAGAAGAUGACACUGCCAGCAUCCCGAGGACUGAGGACCAAAGCGAUUCUGAUGAACCAAAUGAUAGACGCUUGUAUACAGGAAGAUACAAAGUCUUACCAAAGGGGGUGCAAAAGGCAGACAAGCAGCUGAAGGAACAACACAAGAGAAAUAAGUGUCUUGUCCUGCUGAGUUCAGUGUUAGCAGUGAGUCUAGCGACUGCGGUGGGUGUGCUGUCUUACUUGUGGGCCACAGACGGCCUGGAUUGGAUCUACUGAAUUCACAUGAAUCUUGGAUAUUCAACAUGAUUUAAAACACACACACACACACACACACACA